AUGUCCACGAAGUUUCAGAAAGUGAUGCGAGACGUGGCUGCCACACUCAAAAGCGUCUACAAUGCGCACUCCGCAGUUCUUUUGCCCGGAUCUGGUACUUUUGCGAUGGAGGCGGCCGCGCGUCACUUCGGGGCCAAGCGCAAGUGCCUAGUGAUUCGUAACGGAUAUUUCUCGUACCGAUGGUCCCAAAUCUUCGAAGCUGGAUCUUUGCCAGCAAAGGAGAUUGUGCUGAAGGCGAGGCCGGUCGAACGGGGCUCUAUGCCUAUGUAUGCACCACCACCUCUCGAAGAAGUCAUAGCUGCCAUCGAAGACGAGUGUCCAAACACUGUCUUUGCACCUCAUGUGGAGACCUCCUCCGGCAUCAUGCUGCCUGACGAAUACAUCCAGGCAGUAGCAGAAGCUGUCCACAAUAUUGGAGGGCUUCUUGUCCUUGACUGUAUAGCGUCUGGAUGCAUAUGGGUUGAUAUGCAAAGGCUUGGCGUGGACGUACUGAUAAGUGCGCCGCAGAAGGGCUGGUCAGGUCCCGCGUCAUCAGGGAUUGUGCUGCUCAGCAAGUUAGCACGCGCUCAUCUGGAUAGCUCAUCCACUGACAGCUUUGCGUUGGAUUUGAGAAAAUGGGCUGCAGUCAUGGAGGCCUAUCAGAAUGGCGGCCACAUGUAUCAUACGACAAUGCCCACCGAUGCUAUCACAAGAUUUCGCGAUGUCCAACAGGAGCUAGCAGCAUACGGCUUUGAGCGGGCACGGCGUGAACAGUUGGAGCUCGGAGACAUGGUCCGCAACAUGCUGAAGCGCCACGGCUACAAGAGCGUUGCUGCCGAUGGAUUUGCAGCACCGGGCGUCGUCGUUGCCUACACGCAAGACCCCGAUCUGAAAUCUGGAGCCAAGUUUGCUGCACUGGGGAUUCAGAUUGCUGCUGGAGUGCCAUUGAUGGUCGAUCACUUUACACAAUCGGCAGCGUUUCAGACUUUUCGCUUGGGCUUGUUCGGCAUCGACAAGUUGCGCUCAAUUCCCUCGACUGCUGCACAGCUAGAGAGAGCAAUAUGCGAAAUCCACGAUGCCACAACACCUGUUGCGACAUCGGCCCGCCUUUGA